CAUCAUGGGUCCAGGCUGAAGUUUUCCUCACAAGAAUCAAGACGUCAUGAUUGAAUCGAAGCUCAAUGUGCAGCUGAAGUCUUUGAGAGGCCCGAGCCUGGCCAGCGAGGAGGCGGGCGCCAUGGUGAGAGGUGACCAUGGCAACACCAUCUGGAACAGGACGGACUCAGGCCACGACACGACCGGAGUCACCAGUCAUGGGGACAGUGGGGACAGUGGACAUGAUGACGGUGGACAUGAUGACGGUGGACAUGAUGAUGGUGGACAUGAUGACGGUGGACAUGAUGACGGUGGAUUUGAUGAUGGUGGACAUGAUGAUGGUGGACAUGAUGACGGUGGACAUGGAGAAGCGCCCAUCACCACGCUGCCUAUCGUGACCUGGAAGUGGCACCAUGUGUCCACCCCGUACCUGGUGGCUCUGUGGAUCCUGGUCUGCUGGCUCUGCAAACUCAUCAUCGAGGCCAACCACCAUGUGACCAACGUGAUCCCAGAGAGCGCCCUGCUCAUCUGCUUUGGCUUCAUCCUGGGGGGGAUCAUUUGGGGGGCGGACAAGGUGCAGACGUUCAAACUGACGCCGACGGUCUUCUUCUUCUACCUGCUGCCUCAGGUCAUCCUCGACGCGGGAUACUCCAUGCCCAACAAGCUCUUCUUCAGCAACCUGGGGGGCAUCCUGGUGUACGCCAUCAUCGGGACCUGCUGGAACGCCGCCAGCCUGGGGCUGUCGCUGUGGGGGUGUCACAAGGGGGGAGCCAUGGGGGACCUGGACAUCGGUCUGCUGCAGUACCUUCUCUUCGGCAGCCUGAUUGCUGCUGUCGACCCUGUAGCCGUCAUCGCUGUGUUCGAGCAGGUCCACGUCAACGAGGUCCUCUUCAUCAUGGUGUUCGGAGAGUCACUGCUCAAUGACGGCGUGACAGUGGUUCUCUUCAAUGUGUUUGAUGCGUUCGUGUCGCUGGGAGGAUCCAAGAUCGACGCCGUGGAGAUCAUUAAAGGAAUCGUUUCCUUCUUCGUGGUGGCGUUCGGCGGUUCCCUCCUGGGUUUUGUAUUUGGUCUGUUGAUCUCUCUUCUGACCAGAUGCACUAAAAACAUCCAGAUCAUUGAGCCGGGCUUCAUCUUUGUCCUGGGAUAUCUGUCCUACCUGACGGCUGAGAUGCUCUCCCUGUCCGCCAUCCUCUCGAUCGUCUUCUGUGGAAUUUGCUGUCAGAAAUACAUCAACGCAAACAUGGACGAGAGUUCGGUCAACACAGUCAGAUACGCCAUGAAGGUUCUCGCCAAUGGCUCAGAAACCAUCAUCUUCGUCUUCCUCGGCAUCUCGGCCAUCGACAAGUCGAUCUGGGUGUGGAACACCGGCUUCAUCCUGCUCACGCUCCUCUUCGUCAUCGUGUACAGAUGCAUCGGUGUCUUUUUCAUCACCUGGAUCCUGAACAAGUUCAGGCUGGUCCCCAUUGGCUUCAUAGACCAGGUGAUUCUGAGCUACGGUGGCCUGCGAGGGGCCGUUGCGUACGGCCUGGCUGUGAUGUUGGACGAGAACAAGAUAAAAGAGAAGAAUCUGAUGGUCAGCACCACUCUCAUCGUCGUGUACUUCACCGUCAUUUUUCAGGGAAUAACCAUGAAACCUCUGGUCACGUGGCUCAAAGUAAAGAGAGCUGCGAUGUCUGAACUCACACUCGUAGAAAAAGUGCAGAACAAGGUGUUUGAUCACAUGCUUGUUGCCAUAGAAGACAUAUCUGGACAGAUAGGACACAACUACAUGAGGGACAAGUGGAAUAACUUUGAGGAGAAUUGGAUGUCGAGGGUUUUGAUGAAACCGUCGGCGAGGAAGAACCGAGACUACGUCUUCAACGUCUUCCAUCAGCUGAACCUGAAGGACGCCAUGAGCUACGUGGCUGAGGGUGAACGCAGAGGAUCUCUGGAGUUUGUCCGAAACGACACGGCGUACGUCGACUUCAAGAAAAAGUUUGGUGAUGAAUUCUCAGAGGUCAUGCCUGACAUCAUGGCCGACAUGUCAGACGACCACGGAGGAAUGUCUGUUAUGAGGAGAGACCCUGUUCCAUCAGUGAGUCUGGAAAUGCACGAGCAGACCAUGAACGGCCUGAGAGGAGCUGAGGACAUCAACACUCACCACCUGCUGCAGCAGCAUCUGUACAAGGGCAGGAAACAGCACCGGCACAGAUACAGCCGGAGCCACUUUGAUGUCAACAAAGAUGAAAACGAGGUGCAGGAGAUCUUCCAGAGGACCAUGAGGAGCCGUCUGGAGUCCUUUAAGUCUGCCAAGAUGGGCGUCGCUCCGCCAAAGACCAUCUCCAAACACACAAAGAAAGAGCCGCAGCAAAAGAUGCCAAAUGGAAAAUCACUGGACAAGAGUAAAAGCUACCACUCUGGUGAUGAAGAUUUCGGGUUCUCGGAGGGCGACAGCGCCUCUGGCUACGACGCACCGGGUUCGUUCCCCAUGAGAGUCACCUACAGAGCAGGAGCUGGAAUAGAGAACCCCGCCUUCAUGGCCGACAUGGACCCGAUGCAGAUCCCUCCGUGGCUGGCGGAGGCGGAGCUCGACAGCAGCACGGUCGCUCCCUCGCAGCGAGCUCAGGUGAGGUUGCCAUGGACGCCCAGCAACCUGCGGCGCCUGGCCCCCCUCCGCACCAGCACCCGCUCCACAGACUCCUUCAUGCUGGCCGACGCUCCCGCCACGCAGCAGAGGGACGGCGAGGAGCUGCCGCCUCCUCCACCCCCACCUGCUUCUAAAAGAGACGGUGACUGCAUGUAGCAGCAUCCUGACCCCCCCACUUCAUCUCCCUGUGACGAGCCGCCACAGACUCAAAAUACUGACGAGGGAAAGUUUUCUUCUCAGUUUAAUCUCAGUCUCAGGUUUUCAGAUGAAACAUUCACAGUCCUGUGACCUCUGACCUCUGCUCUUCAGAUCCAGCUCCUGUCGCUCUGACGUCACCCCCCACUGAGAGCUGCAGGUGAAGGUGAGACCAUGUAUUCACAGUGGCAGUUAUUCACCAGCUCCUGUUGAACAUUGUCAUGUUUCAUAGUCAAGCAUCUAAACACUGUCAGUCAGUCCUGGGGACCUUCAUCCUGAUGUGAUGCAAAAACCUCUGCAGAUAUUUAUCGAUUGUGUUUGCUUAUAAAGAUGAUAAAAGAUUUAAUUUAGAGUGACAUGAAAUCAAUUCCGAAGCUAUGAUCUGAAUCUUUGUGUGUUUUCUCAUGUGUGUCAGAAACGUGACGUUGAAUGUUGAACUUGAAGAUUAAAAACAUUGUAAAAAUGUGACUUGUAUGAUAAAGAGAUUAUAUUUAUUCACAAAUGAAGUUUGUAAUGUAUGGACAUUUCCACCAUCUCAGAUCUGUGCACAUGCAGCUGUUUCUAACAUUUCAUUUACCUCCAACAACGAACUCUUUGACCGGGUUUAGUUUUCAACUGUAUGUGUUUUAAAAUGUGGAUUUAGAAAUAAAAAUGAAGGAAAUAUG